AUGAGUAAACAGAAUUUACCGAGUAUUUAUGAUAUUUUCAAUCGCACCAGAAAAUCGUUAAUUCUGUGUAUCAUGAGUGGCCUCGGCUUUUUAUAUCCAUUCGAUGAAACUGUUUACCUGUCAUCGAUAUCGAUCAUCGUGAAAGAAUUUCAAUCGACGGAAACAUGGGGAGUUUUAUCCAAUUUUUAUAGACAGCGACCAAUUAUCAUUUAUGGUCACGGAUGUUUUAUUUCGAUAACAACGGUUGUUGCACAAGGAGUCAUUAGUGAUAUAUAUGAAUCAAGUAUUCGAGAAACUGCGUACGGAAUUUAUUAUAUCACUUAUUAUGCUGGUGUUAUUCGUGGUCCUGUCAUUGGUGGAGAAGUAUCCGCAUAUUUCGGAUGGAGGACAAUAUUGAUAGUAGCUGCUUCAAUCUCAUUUGUGAUGUGUGCAUAUGAAACACAGCAUCGAGUUCUUAUACGCGACUCAGAGGAGAUUUCUCAGCCAACAUUUGUUAAUCCAUGUGCGGCUUUGUCAUAUUUGAUUGCUCCGACUAUUCUUCCUUAUGGUUUAAUGUUGUCCGUUGGAUAUAUAUCUAUAAAUAGGUCCUUUCUACUGCUCCCAAUAGAACUUUCUAAGCCACCAUAUUCGUAUCCAACAAAUGAUGUGGGAUUGUUAACUGCUCUAACCAGUAGUGGUGUCUUGUUAGGUUCUUUCUGUGAUGGUAUGUUAACCGAUGUUGCUGCUACGAAAUGGGCUUCAAUUUCAAGAAUUACCGAAGGCCUAAUCAUUCCAGGACUCAUCUUUUCUAUUUUCAUAGUGUCUGGCCUGACUAUUUUCGGAUGGUCACUUCAAUAUCAUCUCAAUGCUGCUCUGCUCAUUCUCAGCGCCAUUUUCUUUUCCUUUGGACAUGCGACCAGGAGUGAUGUCAUACUUUACUAUCAAAUACCAACAGUAUUCAGCUACUGCCGCUGGCUCGCGGCUGUUGAUCAGUUUUUGAUAACAUCACGCUCGGUUCGUCUACGACAACUAAGUAGCAUUAAACGAGCUCAUCGGACUGGCAUCGGUGUUGCCGUUUUCUGGAUAGUUCAAAGUGUGCCCAAUCUCGUCUUUGUCGACUUACGUUCAAAUGUUUGUACUAUCUAUAAUUCAUUCUGGCAAGUCUAUAAUGCUUACAUUGACUUUUGGUGUUUUUAUACAAUAAUUCCAGUUCUGAUGAUGAGUGUAUUUGGUAUACUUGCAUAUCGGAAUGUACGGGUUUUGAAAGACAUGCGUAAGUCACAAGGUGUUGAUCGGCAACUCACUCACAUGGUUUGUGGACAAAUUAUGUUGAUUAUCGUUUAUGUCGUACCCUAUGCAACAUUUAAUGCGUAUUCGUUAGCAACAGCGGUUGUAAUUAAAACUCUAGAACAGAAAAGUGUUGAUUACUUAGUGGUUAAUGUUACCGGUCUGCUGAGCGUCUUUGGAGCUGGGGUAAUCAAAAUGAUUUUAGCAUUGGAUCAACAAUUUUAUUCGUAUUUUUAA